AUGAAUAAUAAUUUUACAUAUAAUAAUUAUAAUUUCAAAAAAUUGAGUAACUAUUCGUGUUCUUAUACUGAAAUGAAUGAUAAAAAGCCAAAUAUUGAUGGUGUUAAAUUAUCAUUACUAUGCAAGAAUAAUGUAAAUCCAAAAAAUAGCAAAAUGAAAAUCGAAAACGUAUUUAUAAAAAAUAUAGAUAACAAAUUUGAAUUAGAUAUUUUAAAUAAUUUUAAUGUAGGAUGUCCAUCAUCAGAUACUUGCUAUUAUAUGAAGACACAUGAAGUGAAUAAUACAAUGCCUAAUGAUAAAAAAGAAAAUGAUGAAAUAAAAGAUAAAAUUUUAAAGGAGAACAAUAAUAAAAAACAUUAUUUGAAAAGUCAUUACUCUUCCUCAGAAAUGUCCAAUAGAAAUAUGUAUAACCAUUAUUUAUUCAAUAAAAGUUAUACAUAUUUAAAAUCGAAAUAUAUUAAAGAAAAAAAUUUCGAUUUAGAAAAAAUGGCAAAAAAUAAAGUAGCAAUGAAUAAUAUAGUUGAUUUUAAAAAUGAAAUUAACAUAAAAAAUGUUAAUAAAUAUAUACAUAACACGACUUGUGACAUAAAAAUAAAAAAAAAAAGAAUUUCAAAAGAAAAAUUAAAUGAAGAAAAAAGUUCAAUUGAAGAACAUAAUUAUUUAAAAUCUAGCAUAAUUCAUAAUAAUGGCUAUGAUAAUAGCAACUAUGUUAAUGGAUUAUCAUCAUAUAAAGAUAAAAAAUAUAAUUAUGAUUUAUUUGGAACAUAUGAAAAUGAAAGUUGUAGUAAUUCUCAAAAUAGGAUAAAGUGUUUUUUCCUAGAAAAAAAUGAAUUUAGUAAAAACAAAAAAUACACAAAUAAUUCAGAAAUAAAUAUUAAUUUACCACAAAAUUCAAUGAAAUGCUAUGAGGAAAUAUGUUCAAAGGAAGAUGAGUAUAUAAUUAAUGAUACUUCUCAAUUAAUGGAAGUAGAUCUCUUAAUAAAUAGUGAUAAGAGACUAUCUGAUAGAAAAGAAAACUCAUUAUUUUAUGAUUAUAACAAUAGUAACAAAUUUACAAAAUUUCUUAUGGCUGAAAUUAAAAUAGAAACAAAAUUGUAUAAAUUAAUUUUAUUUAUUUUAAUUUUAAUAUUGUUAUCAUUAUCUAAGAAUAUUUCUAAUUAUAUAGUUAUUACAAGAAAAUGCUACAAUGUAUAUGAAAAUCCGAUCAAAUCUAUAAGAAGAAUACUAAAAUUUUUAUUUAUAGCUCUUAAAAUUUGUUAUAAAUUUUGUCUUCCAGUACAUUUUUAUAUGGUAUCUUUUUUAUUUAUUAUUAUUUUACGAAUAUUUGUUAUUCUAAAUAUUCCAAUUUGUUUUUUACUACUAUAUGCUAAAUUUGUAUUGAGAAAUGAAGAGUCCACUGCUAAAUUGUAUUUUAUUUUUCUUCUUAAUAUCUACAAAUAUUUUGUCUUCCAGUUUUCUUAUUUUUUAAAAAAUUUUACCGAACAAUUUUUUUUAAGUGAGAUUUUAACAUUAAUAUAUAAAUCAUUUUGUUUAGCUUUCAUUUGCAUGUGCAAAGUUUUACAAAAAUUUUAUAAUCAUGUAAUCGAUACAUUUUCUUGA